AUGUUUGUUCUCUUUGAUGAAUGUUGGUUACCCGAUCCUAAGUUAGGUCCACAACCAGAUCCUAUUCCAGGUGUUCACAAUUCACAAUGGGUUAGAUGUCCUGGACAAAGUAGAGUAUUAGAUACAAUUACAUGGCCUUUACUGAAACAAUACACCAUUGAUGUACUUUCUCGAUUCUCAAAUGAUUCACGAGUAGUCAUAUGGGAUUUAUACAAUGAACCUCAAUGUAGCCAUCAAUUAUUUAUUAUUUUACCUCUUCUUCAUGAAAUAUACUCAGCUGCUCUCGUAGCCAAUCCUCAACAACCACUUACUUUCGGUAUAGCGUCAAAUUCGUUAAUCAGUCCGUUAGCACGAUUUGAGCUCGAAUCAUCCGAUAUUAUUUCAUUUCACAAUUACGAACCAUUAGCAAAUACAAUGCGACUAGUAAACGACCUACGUCAAUUUAAUCGACCAUUAAUCUGUACGGAAUAUAUGGCUCGAACACUUGGCAGUCUUGUAGCAGGCAAAACUCAAACAUAUUUUCCAUGGGGAUCACCAGUUAAUGCUUCUACUCCUCUUGUAUGGUUUCAUGAUAUAUUCAAUAAUACAGGCCAAUCAUAUUCACCUUAUGAAAUAGAAUUUUUCAAAGACCUUAAAACCAAAUCAUCAUUAUAG